AUGCUUGAUCAAAGUUUUUUGACGAUCGAAAAUGUAAUUGGACCGAUACUACUAACAUCACCUCUACAAGAAAAUAUAAUAGAGCGAAUGGAGAAAUGCACAUUUGAAUUUUUCAUUCCAAUUGAAGAUAUAACCAAAGCUCUUUCAAAUGUCAAGGGCUAUCCUUUAAUAGGAAACAAUGUAUAUCACUAUACAUCAUCACUCAUCACGAUUUGUUUGCAUAUGGGCGCUGUUAUCCCACAACAUGUCACAGAAGGUUGGCUUUCUUUUACAGGCAACUCAAUCUUCAAUACUUUUGAUCAUAAUUGGAAUCUAACAGGUCAAUCCAAAACAGAUAUUCUUCCUUCUCGAGAUCAUCCUUUUGCUGGCGUAUCAAUGAUUGUUACAGUUACAAACGAGAUUUCAAACUACAUAGGAACACGUUGUAAUGAAGUCAAGUCAAAAUCAUCAAAUAAAACUCCAGCUCGCGGAAUCGCGGUUGUUUUCAUUUCCCCAGUAUUCGAAAAGCCAAAUCCGAUAUACAGCGAUGAUUGUUUGGAAGCACUAUUAUGUACGAAAUUAGAAACAGAGUCAACAGAUAACUCUGGUUGGUUAAUUUUCGGAUCAAAAGGAGAUUUGUUGACUCCUUACAAUUACCUUGAUUUUGAUGAUGAAGAUAAGCCAUCAAACAUGUGGAUUUCUGAAAGACUCAAAACUCAAGAUUUAAUUAUCGAAAAUAUCAAUUCCAGAUAUAUUCUGACACGUAAUGGUAACAUGUUUAGUCUUUUCAGAGAGGCUGAAGAGAAAGAACUCGUUGUCAACAUAAUUAGAUGGUAUAAUCUAAUUUGGGGCAAAGAUUCGAUUAAAUAUGAGGAUACAACAAUCGAAAAACCACUAAGAUAUAGUUGGAUUACAAAAACCUGA